CAGUAUCCGACUGGUUAUUCGAGCAAAAAAAUAAGUACUAUUGAACACUGAAAUGCAGGUUGUACUUCAUUUUGCAGAACUUUCUUGGAAUAAACACUUUUCGCAAGCUAAAGUGAUUUCAUUUUUGAUAUUUUGACCUCCUCAUAGUUGUGAGUAAUCAUAAUAGUUUUCGUUAACAAGAAAACCUAAAAUACGAAGACCGCUGUAAUGGCUUCCUCGCGCCGGGAAGCCGUAUCCUACGGCGACCUAGAAAUGGCUGAUCCCCCACCGUAUGUGGAACCUGUAGGUUUCACGGAUUCUGACGCUGCGCUCACCCCACCGGAAGCAGCAAAUGGACAGGAUUCGCAAACAGCAGUAAGACGGAACCGCGGAAACAUCUGGGCUGAAGCUCCCCGCAGCCGCAGACUAUUUGGCGAUCCCUGCGCCGAUGACAGAAAUGGCGGCUUCAAAUUAAGCGUCUUUUGUAUCGCGGCGUCUGUCGAUGCCGAGCGCCUAAAAGCUCUUUUUGGAGAAUACGGAACCGUAAAAGACGCUUUCGUUAAAGAAGGAGAGAAAGGCAAGUUCGGAUUCGUCACAAUGGAAACCGUAGAGGAAUGCGAAAAAGCAGCUUCGGAGUUGGGUGGAAAAGAUGUCGACGGUUCGCGAUUAAAAAUUAGUUGGGCACGACCGCGUCCUGGCGGCGGCAACGGCGCUCCGGGCGCGAGAGGAGGUGGAUCCAACUGCUUUAAAUGCAACCAGCCUGGACAUCGGGCGAACAACUGCCCUGGUGCGGCUGAUUCUUCCUCGGCUUCGGUCAAAGCGGAUGAUGCUGGCUGGAAUUCCGCUGCGAAGUCUGCGCCUGCUGAAAAUUCAUCUGGCUGGGGAGACUCUGCAAGUACUAGCGCUGCUCCAUCAACCGAUAGCGCGUCGUCUGGAUGGGGGGCCCUUCCGUCUGGCGAUCAGACGGCAGUUAGUUCUGUUGGUGCCUGGGGCGCCUCUGCGGGUGGCAGUGCCGGUCAGAGCUGGGGAUCCGACUCAAACAUGUCCACUUCGGACAGUGGUGUUAAUAGGUCUGACAAUGCUGGGCGCAAUCGAAACACGGGACUUACUGGCGAACCCUGUCCUGACGAUAGACACGGUGGCUUUAAAUUAAGCGUCUUUUGUGUCGCGCCGUCUGUUGAUGCCGAGCGCCUUAAAACAAUUUUUGGAUCAUGCGGAACCGUGAAAGACGCAUUUGUUAAAGACGGCGAGAAGGGAAAGUUUGCUUUCGUCACCAUGGAAACAGUAGCCGAAUGUGAAAAAGCGGCUGCCGAGCUAGGGGGAAGGGAUGUCGAUGGUUCGCGCUUGCGGAUUGGUUGGGCAAGACCGCGCCCUGGCGGCGGCAACGGCGCUCCGGGAGCUAGAAGUGGAUCCAACUGCUUUAAAUGCAACCAGCCUGGACAUCGGGCGAACAACUGUCCUGGUGCCGCUGAUGCUUCCUCGGCUUCUGCCAAAGCGGAUGAUGCUGGCUGGAAUUCCGCUCCAAAGUCUGCACCUGCUGAAGAUUCAUCUGGCUGGGGCGAGUCGGUAAGCACAACCGCUCCUCCUUCUACGGAUAGCGCGUCGUCUGGAUGGGGUGCUCUUCCAUCAGGCGAUCAGACUGCUGUUAGUUCUGAUGGUGGCUGGGGCGCCUCUGCAGGUGGCAGUGCCGGUCAGAGCUGGGAAUCGAACUCAGACACUUCUACUCCGGCAAGCUCUGUUAAUGGUCGAGACAAUGCCGGACGAAGUCGAAGCAUCGGGCUUGUUGGCGAACCCUGCCCAGAUGACAGGCAUGGUGGCUUUAAAUUAAGCGUCUUUUCUGUCGCGCCGUCUGUUGAUGCCGAGCGCCUGAAAACGGUUUUUGAAUCAUGUGGAAGCGUUAAAGACGCAUUUGUUAAAGACGGCGAGAAGGGAAAGUUCGCUUUCGUCACAAUGGAAACGGUAGCCGAAUGCGAAAAAGCGGCGGCUGAGCUUGGGGGAAAAGAUAUCGAUGGUUCGCGCUUGCGGAUUAGUUGGGCACGACCUCGUCCAGCUGACUCGAACGGCACUCCUGGAGCUGGAGCGAGGGGUGGGGGAUCGAAUUGCUUCAAAUGCCACCAGCCUGGGCACCGGGCCAACAACUGCCCUGGUACAGCAUUUUCGACGCCUUCUACAAGCUUCACGCCGGGUGAUGCUGGCUGGGAUUCCGCUCCGAAGUCUGCACCUGCUGAAGAUUCAUCUGGCUGGGGCGACUCUGCAAGUACUACCUCUGCUCCAUCAACCGAUAGCACGACGUCUGGAUGGGGUGCUGCUCCGUCUGGUGAGCAAGCUGCUGCCGAUAGUUCUAGUGGGGGCGGUUGGGGAGACUCUGCAGGUGGCAGCGCCGGUCAGAGCUGGGGAUCGAACUCGGACACUUCUACUCCGGCUAGCUCUGUUAAUGGGCGAGACAAUGCUGGACGCAGUGGAAGCAUCGGGCUUGUGGGCGAACCCUGCCCAGAUGACAGACAUGGUGGCUUUAAAUUAAGUGUCUUUUCUGUCGCGCCGUCUGUUGAUGCCGAGCGCUUGAAAUCUGUUUUUGGAUCAUGCGGAACCGUAAAAGACGCAUUUGUUAAAGAAGGCGAGAAGGGAAAGUUCGCUUUCGUCACAAUGGAAACGGUAGCCGAAUGCGAAAAAGCAGCGGCUGAGCUGGGGGGAAAGGAUAUCGAUGGUUCGCGGUUGCGAAUUGGGUGGGCACGACCGCGUCCUGGUGGCAGUAACAGCACUCCUGGAGCGGGUAGCGGUGGAUCGUGUUGUUUCAAAUGCAACCAGCCUGGACAUCGAGCGAAUAACUGUCCUGGACCAAGCGCUGUUUCUACGGCCGCAGUCAGUUAUUCAUUCCUAACUGGUUAUCGAAUCUUACCUCUGGAAUUCCUGAUAUCGAUCAGAGCAUUCUGGCUGCCGUCUCAAAUGCUGAGCGCAGUAUCGGAAAUGCUGGAGUCAUUGAAAGACGGUUUUGUUAAAGACGGAGAGAAAGGCAAGUUCGGAUUCGUCACAAUGGAAACCGUAGUGGAAUGCGAAAAAGCAGCUUCGGAGUUGGGUGGAAAAGAUAUCGACGGUUCACGAUUAAGAAUUAGUUGGGCGAGACCGCGUCCUGGCGGCGGUAACGGCGCCCCGGGAGCUAGAGGAGGUGGAUCGAACUGCUUUAAGUGCAACCAGCCUGGACAUCGGGCGAACAACUGCCCUGGUGCGGCUGAUGCUUCCUCGGCUUCAGUCAAAGCGGUAACAUUUGAAUACUUAAAUAAUGAUUGA